UCAUCGUGGUGAUGUUUUAUAAUACUUCGUAUCCAUAUUAAACGUCGUUGAUAUAAUUUUCAUUAUCUGUCAUUAAAUUUACAAUCGUCUCGCGUAAUGGCGGUGUUUGAGGUGCUUUCGCAGAAUAAUUAAUAUUGUCUAUUGUGUCUGGGAUGGAUUUUGUUAUGCAAAUAUGUAUUCAAUAUAUAAAUCUAUCGGUUUUAGUGUGUUGUUGAUUUAGUUGGCUCGACUUUGUUGGUGUUUAGUUAAAAAUGGACGUCGAAGAAGGACCACUGGAAGAUGAUUUAGACCUUGAAGAGGCCUCGGACGAUGGUGACGUCGAGGAGUACAUUACAGGACCCCCAUCGGCCCAGACCUCCUCAGGUUUAGCAUCAACUCCUCCUUCGACAAAUUCAUCUCCACCAGUUAUGGGAGAGGAGCCUUCUAGUCCAAGGGCAUUAUCAAUUAAUUUAACAAAUAUGGCAUUUGGCGGAAAACCACCAAAUCAUACCAAAAGAGGACCAGGAAGACCGAGGAAAGAGUUUUCUGGGCGAAAAGAACGUCCAAGGAGCAUUAGACGGGGUGGAUCAGCAAGAGGUGUACCAAAACGGCCUAGACUUAGUAGAGAAGACCGAGGCGAUAUGAUGUCUAUGCUGGACAGUUUUUCAGUCCCGCCAUCACCUGGUGAGGAAGGAAUGAUGUUGGAUUCUGAGACAGGUGCUUUAGUUUUAUCUGAGAAGGUGCAGCAUGACGAUACCCCAUAUUUCACUGAAAAAUGGCCUGGUAAAUUUUGUAUCUUUUGCAACUUAACUGAACGCACUCAAUUAGGACAAGGUGAAAUGCUUCGAUUUGACUACAAUGGUGAAUUUGAAAAUGUACCAAGCACAGAAGAUAGUGAUAAUUUAAAUGCAAGCGAUAGUAAUAAAGAUAAUACAUCUAGUGGCAGUUGUGAUAAAAGCCCUAGGAAUGUUAAUCAACAGCAACUCAGUAACAGGCGACAGAAGGGGCUCAGCAAGUGCAAGAAUCCAUCGUUGAAUGUAGAGUAUACUGAUGAAUUAGAAAAAGUUGGUUACUUGGAACCUGUUGAUCCACUGACCCUGGUUGAUCAAUCGCAAUAUUAUUAUGCACAUAGAGCUUGUGUAGAGUGGAGUAUGACGGUUCAGAAGAAUCCUGAAAAAAUAAACAGCUAUUUAAAUCUAAAUCCAGUUAUUUUACAAAGUUUGAACAGAAAGUGCUCGUUUUGUGGACACUUUGGUGCUAGUUUGGCAUGCAAGAUGGCUUGUCCAAAGUAUUUUCAUUUUCCUUGUGUAGCAGCGUCUGGUGGAUUUCAAGUUAUUCAAACGCAUAACUCAUUUUGUAAUGAGCAUCUUGGACAAGUUCCUUUAAUAUGUACUGAUGAUAUAAAUUGUAGAAUUUGCAAUGGCUUAGGAGACGUGGGUAAUUUAAUGAUAUGCUCGGUUUGUGGAGAGCAUUAUCAUGGUGCUUGUGUAGGUGUUCCACAAUUACCAGGUGUGAGAGCUGGUUGGCAGUGCAAAUCAUGCAGGUGGUGCCAAAUUUGUCACCGUCCUGAUCCUGAUGGCAGAUCACCAGCAUGUGAACAAUGUGAUAAGUUUUAUCACCCUCAAUGCUUACGUCCUCAAUUAGCAUCCAUUCCUAAAUAUGGUUGGAAGUGCAGGUGUUGUAGAGUGUGUUCUGAUUGUGGCUCUCGGACACCAGGUGCUGGUCUGAGUUCUCGUUGGCAUGCUCAUUAUACAGUUUGUGAUUCUUGUUAUCAGCAGAGAAAUAAAGGAUUUUCUUGCCCUUUGUGCAGAAGAGCAUACCGAGCUGCAGCUUAUAGAGAGAUGGUGCAGUGCAGCAAAUGUAAAAGGUUUGUUCAUGGCACUUGUGAUCCAGCAGCAGAUCCUGCAACAUAUAGGCAGCGCAAAGCCAGCUUUCCUGAUUAUAGAUAUGCUUGCAAGCCUUGUCUGCAACAAAAUGCAGCUGCUGCAGCGAUAGCUGCCAAAAGAUGCAGCACAGACGAUGAACCGGAUAAGGAUCCACUUGCUGGACCUCAUGACAUUGGAGGCUUACAUGAUGACUACACAUUUACGGAUGGAAAGGAUUAUGGUCUUGGGAAAGGAAAACCUUAUGCUAGUAAAAUAGCCCGAAAACGAAUGGGAUAUGGAAGCGGUGGUUACGUUUAUGGAGGCAUAGGACGCCCCAAAGGUUUUGGAAAAGGAUCCAGUGCAAAGAUCAUUUGACUUUGGCCAAAGAAAAGAGCUAAUGCGAAAACAAAAAUGCGCGGAGUGUUUGGGGUACCUGGUUUGGGUUUACAAAGGCCAUUAGGAAAUCCCACUAGUGCUUCAGCCACUGGUGGAAACACUGGGAAUCAAGCUGGUACAAGUGAUGACGAACCUGGUGGGGAAAAUAAAUUAGUCCUGGUUAGUGCCAAAGAUAAGUUUGUGCUAACGCAAGACGUAUGUGUAAUGUGUGGUGCACUAGGGACCGACCAAGAAGGAUGUCUGAUAGCAUGCGCCCAAUGUGGACAAUGUUAUCAUCCUUACUGUGUCAACGUUAAGGUUACAAAAGUGAUUAUACAAAAAGGUUGGCGUUGUCUAGAUUGCACUGUAUGUGAAGGCUGUGGUGAACGCAAUGAUGAGCCCCGGUUAAUUCUAUGCGAUGAUUGUGAUAUAUCUUAUCACAUAUAUUGUAUGGAUCCACCGCUUGAUUAUGUUCCUGAUGGCAAUUGGAAGUGCAAGUGGUGUGCUCUUUGUCUUACUUGUGGAGCCAAUGAUCCUGGAUUUAAUUGUACUUGGUUAAAUAGCUUUACAGAAUGUGGACCUUGUGGAUCACGAUCUACUUGUCCAGUUUGCAUGGAAGCUUAUAUAGAUAAUGAAUUGAUCAUACAAUGUGUUCAAUGUGAAAGAUGGCUUCACGGUUUUUGUGAUGGAAUUGCCAAUGAAGCUGAUGCAGAAAUUUGUGCUGAUAAAGGCUAUAGUUGUAUCUUAUGUCGCCCCAAGGACGUGCCUCCUCCACAUCUUACACCAAAGCCACCUGUGCCUCGUGCAGCAAUUGAACCACCUCCAAGCCCAGAACCGGUUCAACAAACUAAUGGAGUGUACAUUGUUGAUGGAGUAUGCCUGAGCAGAGCCGGUAUGUUACACAUACGGGCAAUAUCUGAUGACCAGAUGUUAUUGGAUUCUGCAGGCAGAAGACGAAGGAAGUUGAAGCAUAUGUCGUCGUUUACAUCACUCAAAGAUAAAGAUGCAGGAAUUUUGGCAACAAUUGAAUCCGUUGUAGCCGGUGGUAGUCUGGACAAUUCCCUUGAAGAUAUCAAGCAGGAGCUGAAACAGGAGCAACAAGAUAAUCAGGAGGAAGUAUUGUAUAGGGACGGCAUGAUAUGGAAUGCUAAGGAUGUUAGUGGGCCUCCUGAAGGCUUCACAAUUGUUACAACUGAAAGUGGAGUUAUGUUACUCCGAAGGAAGAGGCAGUGUAGAAGAAAUUUGCAGAAAUUGGGUAUCGGUGGAUUUCUAGUAAGAGCCCGCGGAGUUCGCGGUUCAGGCGGUUCGAAAGACGAAGAAGACCCCCAAGCUGCUCCUGCUGAUCAGGCAGCUGCACCAGAACAAGCUGCUGGUCAAAAUGGUGAUCCAGCCAAACCGAAACGUAGACCGGCGAGACGGAAACCGAAAAGUCGAUUAAUGGAAAGCUAUCCUAGUUAUUUACAGGAAGCAUUUUUUGGACGAGAUUUGCUUGAUAUUAGCAAAGAUAAAGAUUUGGGAAGCAGCAGCAGUGGUGCUGAAGAUGAUUUAGUGCAAAAUGAUGAUAAAACAAUCCAGUUAUCACAGGAUGAGUUAAAGGCAAUGGAAGCAGUAAAAAUCAAGCAAGAACUAAUUGAUGCCCCGAAGCCAAUCUUAAAUAAAGCUGAAGUGAUAGAUGAUGCCGAAAAUAAUGACACUGAAAACUUGAAAGAUGUCUUAACACUUCCUUCAGAACUAUUGGAUAAUGAUCUAGUGAAGACGCUUAUGAAAUGUGAUGAUGAAGAGUUGACAAAGACAUCUUUGAAUGAGCAGAAUAUUACUGACGAAACGACCAGCUCACAAGGUGCCGUGGUUGCUCCAAAAGAUGAAAUUGGUGAUAUUUUGGGACAAGAUUUUAAUAUAGACAGCAUUGUAAGAGAUACUUUACCAAAUAUGGAUAGUAAAGAUGUAGAAGAGAUUUUCAAAGGCGUUUUGACAGAUGAAUCUCAGGAAUCUCAAGAAUCAGCUGUAUUUCCUAUGGUGCGCAACACACCUGCUGCAGUGCAUCAGCAAUAUGACACAGGCAUGAUAGCCAAUCAGCAACUAAAUCCUGGUUCAAUGGGAAUAACUAACACACAAAGACCUAACUUAUCCGGGCAAAUAAACUUUGGCCAAACAUAUCAAGCAAACUAUACCGGAAAUCAAUUUUCAUCAGGUUUUGCUGAUUCACAACAGCAGCAGCAACAAGACCAGUGGAUGGGUUCUGUAUCAUCAACAGAUUCAACCCCGACUGAGGAAAUGAGACCUGUAGUACCACCACCGACCAGCUAUAAUCAGAAAACGUCGGAAAAAAUGAAAAUCGAUGAAGAUUUGGGUACUGGUUCGACGAUAUCGAUGGUUCUGUACGCCAAUAUAAACCAUCCUGAAUGGAAAACUGAAUAUCCGCAAUGGCAGGACAGAUGCAAGCAGAUUUUGAAGAAGUGGAGGGCUUUAACAACCGAAGCCAAAACUCCGUACUUGCAAAAGGCAAGGGACAACAGGAGUGCUCUUAGAAUGAAGAAAGCCCAACAAGUAAAUACCGAAGGAAAAUCCUAUACAAUCACCGACGCCGUCUUCAUCCUCCUCCUCGGCCAACGUGACCGGAGCGGUCGCAGCCCAGCAACUGCAGCAGCAGCAGCAAAAGAUUCAGCAGCAACAGCAGGUGCUGCAACAGCAACAACAACACAGCAGCAGCAGCAGAUUCAUCUGCAACAACAAGUCGAGGAUCAGGACAAGUUGACAUCUCAGCAAAAAAGUGCCAGAGAAGCUGAGCAGGAGCGCCAGUGGAAAUUGCUGCAGGCCCAAAGGCAGCAGCAAGCGCAGCAACAGCAGCAGGUUAUACAAGAUCAAAGACAGCAAGGUAUCGGUGCUCCUAUGGUGCGAGUCCAGCGCCAGAUGUCUGAUGGUAGUGCGACUCCACAGCCGCAUCAGCAAUUAUUCCAGCCGCAGCAGCAAGCUGCUUCGCCAGUAGGCGAUCAUACAGCAGCAUUAUUAGUGUCUCCAGGCGGGCAGCUGCAACAAAACGAUCAGCAACAGCAUAUGAUGCAGCAGCAGCAAAUCAUCAACAGUCAAUCGCCGACGUUGCAGAUGCGCCAGCAACAGUUUAUGCCAGUGUCAUCAGGGAUAGCUGUCGGAGUUCGGACACCACAGAGCCCCAAUGCAGUCACAAGCACUGGACAGUAUCCACGACCCACAGUUCUUGGCAUUACAGCAAGGUCUCCUGUUCAGACAGGUGCUGAGUUUGUUUCAGGCGCUGUUUCACCAGCAAACUCAACAAGUAUGGAUCAAGAUGGAAACUUGUUUACCAAAUCACCUAGAAUGUUUGCAGCUGGGCAAAGCCCCCAACAACAACAAAGAAGUCCUGUGCCACAUCAACAGCAGCAACUAUUUCUUCAAGGUUAUAGCCAGGCUCCAGGCACGCCUCGUCCACAAUUUAACGCAAAUCAGCCUCUCAAGCAUCAUGUGUAUGCAAUGCCUAGAAUGGCAAUGCAACCACAGCAGCAACAGCAACAGGACCAUUUCCAGCAGCAGCAAAACGUGACAUCAUCAAGUGCCAACGUAGAAGUUAACAGACAGCUGAGAGAUCUCUUACAGAAACAGCAUAGUCCUGGACAGCAGAGAUUGUGGUCACCACAGCAGCAAGAUCCUCAGCAGCAACAACAAACAGUAAAUCAAGAAAUAAUCUCAACGGGAGAUGUCCAACAGCAACAACAGCAUCUACAAUCACCUAAUGCUCCGGUGUCUCCUGCUUCAGUUGAUGGAACGUUUAGACAACCACUUCCUCCAGGUAGCAUUAUGAUGAGAGGCCCUAGGGGACCUUUAGCUACGGGAAAGGCUUUGCAACAACAGCAGAUACAGGGAACUGGAAAUAUUGUUGGUGUUAGACAUCCAGUUCAACAGAUGCAACAAGCAAGACAGAUUUUAAUCCAGCAACAAUCUGGUAUGCCAAGAAUAGCACUACAACAACCUGGACUAGUGAAUCAACCGAGACAAGUAUUGCAACAGCAACAAUUUAUGCCUCAACAAAGAAUGCAGUUUCAAGGACAACAGCAACAACAACAGCAAGAUCCUGCACUCCAGCAAAGGAUUGCUGCUUUAAAUAGGAUGGGAGCAGUUGGAAUUCCACAAAUUAAUCGUAGUGCUUCAAGUCCACAAAUGACCCUUACCACUGGUGCUACUAUACCAUCACCAUCGUCAGCACCUGCUACUCCAACUCUGGAGCAACAGCAGCAGCAGCAGCCAAUGCCUAUGUCUCCAGCGGUAACAACUGCUGCAAAAACGAGUACGAGUUCUGCAUCUGCACAACCGUCUCCUGUGGCUGGGCCAGCAACUGCCGGUGGUCAAGAAAUACCUGAUAGUGUGAAAGCAGAGUUGGAUAGAUUGGAACAAGAACACGGAGGAAUGGCUGAGGUCGAAGAAGGAGUAGGAGAAUUAUUAGGCGGUUUGGGAGAUGAUGAUGAUGAUGAAUUAUUAGUAUCUUUGACUGCUGAGAUGGGUGCAGACUUCAACAUAUUAGAAUAUGCAGAUCCUGAGUUAGACGGCUUGACAGAUGGUGUCAAAGAUAACAUUUUAGAUAGUUUAGUGCUUGAUGAGCCAGAUCCAGACCAGGAAAGGCAACAUGCAAAACGUGAACCUGAGGAAGAAAGCAUUGAAAAAUCUGAAGCUAAAACCAAAGAAACUAAAAUAAGAGCUAUUGAGAAAAGCAUCAAAAAAGAUCUACCACCGGAAACGGUUUCACAGGUUCCUGUCACAUCUAUGCAAAUUCAACAACAACCUGGACUUGUACAGCAACAACUCCAACAACAAUUCGUACAUCAACAACAGCAACAAUUAUCUCAACAGCAACAACAGCAACAGCCUCAACAGCAGCAAGUGCAACCACAGUUGAUUGGUCAACAGAUGAGAUUGGUGACACCUAAACAGCAAAUCAUGCAACUUCCUUCUUUGCAACAACAGCAGCACAUACAGCAACAAAUGCUGCAUCAGGUUCAGCAAGCUGCGGCUAUGGGUAAUCCGAUGGCACCAGGUACUCGUCUGAUGUCUCCGGAUGGUGCUGUGGGCGUUGUAACCGAUAAUAAUACAGUGACAAUCAGCUAUCCCCAGGCAGGAUUUUAUGCUCAGCAGCAGAGACAUGUGCAACAACAGCGCAUGCAAAUGCGUCUGGCUCAGCAACGUAUGCAGCAGCCUCAGCAGCAGCAGCAGGCACAAACACCAGUCAUAGCAGCAGCAGCAGCAGGUCAGGCUGCAGCCGCCGCCGCCGCCGCCUCCUUAUCCAGGACCGCCGCCGCCGUAUCCAGGACCCAUUCAAUCACAGCACGGCACUUCGCAGGAGCAGCCACUGCUGCUGGAAGAGCUACUGGAGCAGGAGAAGCGAGAGCAGCUGCAGCACACGCCGUCGGUAGAUCAGCAGCAGCAGCAGCAGCAGCAGGGACACCCUUUGCUUUCGGAGCAAGAUUUCGAAAGACUGAAGGCCGAUGUGUUGUCUGGCGGCGCUGCUGGCAACAGGGCGGCUGUACCUUCGCCUCCUCAAGGAGUACCAGCUCAAGGACUUCUACCGCUGCAAACUGGGGGUCAGAUUACAAGAGUUUUUCAAAGACAAGGCGUGGUUACACAAGGACAGUGGACUCAGCCUGGUCAAAUCCAGAGACCUGGGCAAUUGACAACAGGAGGCACUAUGCAACAACAACAGCAACAGCAGCAGCCUUCUCCUCAAACUCCCACAACGCCAGGUGUGACACCAGGGCGUGUGCCCCCGUUCCAAAUGCCUGCGCUUCCUGCUCCACCGAACAAAGCAGACAGCAUGGGAUGUUAGCUCAAGAGUAUCACAAUAAGCAGCAGGCUCGACAACAACAGCAGCAGCAGCAGCAACAACAACAACAGCAGCAAGCAGGAAUUGUGAUGAGUGGCGGUAUGAUGGUGAAUAAUCAACAGCAACAGGUACAUCAGCAAAUGUCGCCGAUGUCGGUUCCAAUUCCGGGAUUGAUGCAACAGCAACAACAGCAUAUGCAACAGCACUCAAACAUAAUGCUUCAACAACAGAAACAAAUUCCGCCUGCUUCGCCUCUGCAAUCACCUAGUCAUAGUACUAUGAUGUCCGGUCACAACGUUCAGAGUCCUGGUUCUGGAUCUGUAGGUUCUGUUAUGCAGAGUCCCGGGCCUCAUGGUAAUUCAAACAGUGGAAUGUCACCUCAUCCAUUACCUUCACCCCGAAUCGGAACUCCACAUUCUCAAGGGGAAGAGAAUCCUUUCAGUCCAAGCAGCGCUGGUCCCGUUCCUUCACCGAGGCUGGUAUCGCCCGCCCCAUCAAGAAUGACAUCACCGCAGCAUCGUGUUUUGAUUAACAGCACAAUGUCACCGAGGACAUCUGGAACACCCAGUCCGAAUCCUGUCAAUCAAUUUCAACAGCAGCAACAACAACAAUUAUUGAAUCAGCAGCAGCAACAGCAAAUGUUAACUCAACAACAGCAAAUGCAAUUGCAGCAGCAACAGCAACAUCAAAACAGAUUUGUUAGGCCAAUGGCAUCGAGUGGAGGCACGAUUGAGCAGCAACCGCAACAGCAAAGAAUUAGAAUACAACAAGGCAUGAGACCAUCAUUUUCUCCAACUCAUAUGCCUCUGGGAAGUCCUCAACCUAUAAUGUCCAGUGGAAUAAACACAGGAACGCCAGUAUCAACUGUGGUACAAACAGAAUCUGGUCAUAUGCAGAGAAAUAUAUAUUUGGGACAACAAAGAAGGCAACAAACUCUACAACAUCAAAAUAUGUUACAACAACAGCAUCAAAACUUGCAGCAGCAGCAGCAGAAUAUACAGCAACAGAACACACAACAACAACAACAGAGUAUCCAACAGCAACAGAUGAUGCAACAACAGAAUUUAAUGCAGCAACAGCAGCAGCAGCAAAAUUUAAUGCAACAACACAUAAUGCAACAGCAACAGGCUAAUAAACCAUUCAUGGCACAAAGUCCUUUGCACCAGCAACCACCGGAAUCACCAUUGAAUCCUAGAAGUCCGGCUCUUCAGGCAACAACAGCAUCUACUCAUCACCAAUGCUCCGUGUCUCCUGCUUCAGUUGAUGGAACGUUUAGACAACCACUUCCUCCAGGUAGCAUUAUGAUGAGAGGCCCUAGGGGACCUUUAGCUACGGGAAAGGCGUUGCAACAACAGCAGAUACAGGGAACUGGAAAUAUUGUUGGUGUUAGGCAUCCAGUUCAACAGAUGCAACAAGCAAGACAGAUUUUAAUCCAGCAACAAUCUGAAUCAACGAGACAAGUAUUGCAACAGCAACAAUUUAUGCCUCAACAAAGAAUGCAGUUUCAAGGACAACAGCAACAACAACAGCAAGAUCCUGCACUCCAGCAAAGGAUUGCUGCUUUAAAUAGGAUGGGAGCAGUUGGAAUUCCACAAAUUAAUCGUAGUGCUUGUAAGAGCAAACUAUCACACCUGCUACUCUACUCCAACUCUGGAGCAACAGCAGCAGCAGCAGCCAAUGCUAUGUCUCCAGCGGUAACAACUGCUGCAAAAACGAGUACGAGUUCUGCAUCUGCACAACCGUCUCCUGUGGCUGGGCCAGCAACUGCCGGUGGUCAAGAAAUACCUGAUAGUGUGAAAGCAGAGUUGGAUAGAUUGGAACAAGAACAUGGAGGAAUGGCUGAGGUCGAAGAAGGAGUAGGAGAAUUAUUAGGCGUAUCUUUGACUGCUGAGAUGGGUGCAGACUUCAACAUAUUAGAAUAUGCAGAUCCUGAGUUAGACGGCUUGACAGAUGGUGUCAAAGAUAACAUUUUAGAUAGUUUAGUGCUUGAUGAGCCAGAUCCAGACCAGGAAAGGCAACAUGCAAAACGUGAACCUGAGGAAGAAAGCAUUGAAAAAUCUGAAGCUAAAACCAAAGAAACUAAAAUAAGAGCUAUUGAGAAAAGCAUCAAAAAAGAUCUACCACCGGAAACGGUUUCACAGGUUCCUGUCACAUCUAUGCAAAUUCAACAACAACCUGGACUUGUACAGCAACAACUCCAACAACAAUUCGUACAUCAACAACAGCAACAAUUAUCUCAACAGCAACAACAGCAACAGCCUCAACAGCAGCAAGUGCAACCACAGUUGAUUGGUCAACAGAUGAGAUUGGUGACACCUAAACAGCAAAUCAUGCAACUUCCUUCUUUGCAACAACAGCAGCACAUACAGCAACAAAUGCUGCAUCAGGUUCAGCAAGCUGCGGCUAUGGGUAAUCCGAUGGCACCAGGUACUCGUCUGAUGUCUCCGGAUGGUGCUGUGGGCGUUGUAACCGAUAAUAAUACAGACAAUCAGCUAUCCCCAGUGCAACAACAGCGCAUGCAAAUGCGUCUGGCUCAGCAACGUAUGCAGCAGCCUCAGCAGCAGCAGCAGGCACAAACACCAGUCAUACAGCAGCAGCAGCAGCAGGUCAGGCUGCAGCCGCCGCCGCCGCCGCCUCCUUAUCCAGGACCGCCGCCGCCGUAUCCAGGACCCAUUCAAUCACAGAUCGGUGUCGGUAUGCUACCACAUCCUUCUUCUUCUUCGACUCACAAUCGUCCAAUUUACCAUCUAUCAAACAACAACAACACCGGAAACAUCAACAUCAACGCUUCCUAUCAUCAUCAACAACAACAACAGCGAUUCGGAAUCAAUGCUAAUCAACAGCAGCAGCAACAGCAACAGCCGUUUCAGCAGCAGCAAAUCGUGGAGCAGCGCAGGCGUCCGCCUCUAUUGUUGCAGCACGGCACUUCGCAGGAGCAGCCACUGCUGCUGGAAGAGCUACUGGAGCAGGAGAAGCGAGAGCAGCUGCAGCACACGCCGUCGGUAGAUCAGCAGCAGCAGCAGCAGCAGCAGGGACACCCUUUGCUUUCGGAGCAAGAUUUCGAAAGACUGAAGGCCGAUGUGUUGUCUGGCGGCGCUGCUGGCAACAGGGCGGCUGUACCUUCGCCUCCUCAAGGAGUACCAGCUCAAGGACUUCUACCGCUGCAAACUGGGGGUCAGAUUACAAGAGUUUUUCAAAGACAAGGCGUGGUUACACAAGGACAGUGGACCCAGCCUGGUCAAAUUCAGAGACCUGGGCAAUUGACAACAGGAGGCACUAUGCAACAACAACAACAACAGCAGCAGCCUUCUCCUCAAACUCCCACAACGCCAGGUGUGACACCAGGGCGUGUGCCCCCGUUCCAAAUGCCUGCGCUUCCUGCUCCACCGCAACCGCCUGAGAGAAUUGUGACGGAUCAGGAUCGGGCGACGCAGCACCAGUACGAGCAAUGGUUAGCACAGCAGCAGCAUGCGCUUGCUGAACAGUUGAGAUAUUACGAAACAGAGGUGCAGAAAUUGAGAAAGAUCAGAAAGUCUUUAAAUAGUAAACAAAGGCAACUCCGCAAGUCUAAUAACGAACUUUCGGAAACGGAUGCCAAUGAAUUGGCUCGAGUGUCAGCUGAGCAAGCAAUACUGCAAAAACAAUUAGAGUCGGCUAGGAAACAAAGCAGACAGCAUGGGAUGUUAGCUCAAGAGUAUCACAAUAAGCAGCAGGCUCGACAACAACAGCAGCAGCAGCAGCAACAACAACAACAGCAGCAAGCAGGAAUUGUGAUGAGUGGCGGUAUGAUGGUGAAUAAUCAACAGCAACAGGUACAUCAGCAAAUGUCGCCGAUGUCGGUUCCAAUUCCGGGAUUGAUGCAACAGCAACAACAGCAUAUGCAACAGCACUCAAACAUAAUGCUUCAACAACAGAAACAAAUUCCGCCUGCUUCGCCUCUGCAAUCACCUAGUCAUAGUACUAUGAUGUCCGGUCACAACGUUCAGAGUCCUGGUUCUGGAUCUGUAGGUUCUGUUAUGCAGAGUCCCGGGCCUCAUGGUAAUUCAAACAGUGGAAUGUCACCUCAUCCAUUACCUUCACCCCGAAUCGGAACUCCACAUUCUCAAGGGGAAGAGAAUCCUUUCAGUCCAAGCAGCGCUGGUCCCGUUCCUUCACCGAGGCUGGUAUCGCCCGCCCCAUCAAGAAUGACAUCACCGCAGCAUCGUGUUUUGAUUAACAGCACAAUGUCACCGAGGACAUCUGGAACACCCAGUCCAAAUCCUGUCAAUCAAUUUCAGCAGCAGCAACAACAACAAUUAUUGAAUCAACAGCAGCAACAGCAAAUGUUAACUCAACAACAGCAGAUGCAAUUGCAGCAGCAACAGCAACAUCAAAACAGAUUUGUAAGGCCAAUGGCAUCGAGUGGAGGCACAAUUGAGCAGCAACCGCAACAGCAAAGAAUUAGAAUACAACAAGGUAUGAGACCAUCAUUUUCUCCAACUCAUAUGCCUCUGGGAAGUCCUCAACCUAUAAUGUCCAGUGGAAUAAACACAGGAACGCCAGUAUCAACUGUGGUACAAACAGAAUCUGGUCAUAUGCAGAGAAAUAUAUAUUUGGGACAACAAAGAAGGCAACAAACUCUACAACAUCAAAAUAUGUUACAACAACAGCAUCAAAACUUGCAGCAGCAGCAGCAGAAUAUACAGCAACAGAACACACAACAACAACAACAGAGUAUCCAACAGCAACAGAUGAUGCAACAACAGAAUUUAAUGCAGCAACAGCAGCAGCAGCAAAAUUUAAUGCAACAACACAUAAUGCAACAGCAACAGGCUAAUAAACCAUUCAUGGCACAAAGUCCUUUGCACCAGCAACCACCGGAAUCACCAUUGAAUCCUAGAAGUCCGGCUCUUCAGGGCAUGUUGCAACAGACAUCGGGAUUAAGUCAACCAUCAUCUCCUAUGUCUAGAGCAGGUGGAAUGCAUAACCAGCAAUAUAUGUCUGGAGGAGGGAUUCAGCCGCCCAGCAGCCCUAUGCUGGGGCCAAAGAGUCCAAUUGUACAAGGUCUGGGUGGGUGUUCGCCGAUGAGUGGCGGCAUGCGCAGGCCAUCUAGUACUGGAGGCAUUCCAAUGGGUAGCCCUGCACCUUCCCAAACUGGAAUUCCUGAUCGGCCACAGAGUGUGGAAAAUCCGGCCACGCCUCGUACGCCCCACACUCCUAGAACACCAGGUAGCAUGGAUGAGCUGGUUCAAAUCGACGAGCAGCACCUGCACCAGAUAGCCACCAGCACCGGCAGUAGCUCCGGUGGAGGCGGAGGCGGAGGAAACCCUCAUAUUCACCCGAUUCCCUUUACCGGUUUCGGAAGAUUCGGCUACAUAAAAUUAGGUUUAAGAGGCGGAUCCCCAAUGUGGGAAUAUGGUGGAAAUAAUCGCCUGACUAAACCCAAUCAGCCCAACCAGCCUCAUCCACAGCAGCAGGUGCCGCAGCAGCAGCAGCAACAAGGACAAGAGGGACAGGAGAAAGUUAAAAAGGAGUCGCAUCUGUCGAAGGUGUCGAUUUUGAAGAGAAAUCCAUUGAGGAAACCAACUUAUCAAUUGGUUAAACAGCAGCAGGUGCAGAAUGCAGGAGCCAGUACGAGCUCGGUGCCUGUAUGUAAAGUUACCUCUCUGGUUUGUGCCGAUUAUAAUGAAUUUGAUGACAGUUCUUCAACACCUCCAAUCAGUCCCGGGCCCAGUGCCAUGUUAUCUAAAUCAAAACUGACAAUUGAGGAUAGUGAUAAAAUGCAUCAGAAUGUUGUUGUGAUAGCUGACAGUCCUGAAGGUGAAAAGCAUGAUGAAAUCCAAGACUAUGCUGAGGAAGUAAUCAUUCAGACUGAUAAAAACAUUGUCAACACCGAAGUGUCCUUAAAUUCCGCCGCUCAACAGCAAGACGACGACGUUAUGGAGACUUACGAAACCCCAGAAUUGGGUGAGAUAGUGACUAGUCCUCUAGAGCAGGAAGUCUCUGAAGAAUAUGUUCUGUUCCCGGCAGACGUCGUCGAUUACGCAGUUGACAGUGAUGAUUCCAUGAAGCAAUUGAGUUUUGAGCGCAAAAUCUGCACAGAAGAAGGCGAAUAUUCUCAACAGCAAAUAACUGAAUUGGUGGACAAAAAUGUUGAAAUAGUCAAAGUUACUUUGAGAAGCCCAAUAGAUCACAGCAGUGAUGAUGAAAUGAUGCAUAAAAUGAGUGCCAAGAUUAAAAACAGAUCGCAUAGUAUUUGUCUGGAUGAUGUCAUGGACUCACCCACACAAGUUUUGGAAGAAAUGGAGGUUGAACAUAGUCCUGGAAUGUAUCAAAGCGAUACAUACAAGGAAGAUGAUCUAAUAGCAUCUUUGGAACACGGUUCAGAAAUAGUGAUUAUUGAUCCUAGCAUUAAGUCACCAGAAGAACAUAAUAUUGCCACGACAGAAGAUUUUGAAGAACUGAUUGACUGCGGUAAGAAACGAGGUACCAGCAGAGAGAGCCCAGUUCAAGAAGAGGACGCUUCAACUUCUAAGACAGAAUCUGAUAAAGCGACUAGUUUUUCUGAGACUACAGUCACUUCAAAUUCUGUUAACACUCAAAUAAUUGCAAGUAUUAUUAAAGCUGAUACUACACAAAUCUUGACAACCAGCAAGCCAUUAUCAGUUACCAGGCUGCCUAUUGUAAAUCCAAAAGUAAUCUCCCCGAGACCUAAGAAAUUGAUGAAUGAUGUUUCACAAACUACUGCGACUGUAUCCAUUGGAAAUACUACUAUCUCUGUGCCUGUACUGACAACUGUACCAUUGGCUACUUCAUCAACUAGUAGAAUUUGUACAGAAAAUAUCCAGAAAUCAUCAAACAAUGUAGUUUUUACAAAAUCCAUUCCAACUUUGAUCAGUGUUAUUUCAAGUGGUACUAGAAUAUCAACCUCAAAUUCUUAUACAAUAAGCAAUCCAAAGAUAUCCACAAGCAGCUUGGUAGUCGAUGCUAAAAUGAAAGAAAAACUCUUGUCACAUCAUCAAAUUAUUUAUCCAAAAUUAUCUUCUCUCACAGUUUCAAAAGAUAUGGCUUUACCCAAAAAUAUUUUUGAUGAUGAAAGUCCAGAUAGUAGUGGUGAUCAAGAUGAUUUAGAAAUGAACAAAAGUAUAAAGUCAAUGGAUGUGGAUGAAGCAUCCAUAACCAGUAUUGAAAAGACAUCCUCUAGCAAUGAGGCUGAGGAUACACAAGUUGAAAUUAAGAAGCAGGAAGAAAUUGUCUUAGAAAAAUCUAAGCCUACGGCUGUUGAAGAUGCACCCACAAUAACUCUUUGUUCAGCCACUGACGAGACUAAUACAAUAACAAUUCAUAAUGAAUCUGGUGAAAAAAGCAAAGACACAAUUUGCAAAGAUGAUCAAUUUGAAGAAAUGUUAAAUAUGUUGGAAACAAUUACUGGGGACAAUAAAACUGACUGUCCGCUUUUGGAUUCUCCAAAGUCUUCGGUUACAAAAUCUAAUGAUGAUUUAGUAUCAGCAUUAAGUGAUCAUUCACAAGAUUCUAUGGCUGACUUGAAUGAUAUAAUUCAAAAGGACAUUAAAGAAAAAGAAGCAACGGCAAUUGUACCUAGCACCACCAAGCCUCCUAGUGUUAUUCCAGUGCAUGUAAUUAUUAAAUCUCGAGAGUCAUCACAAAGUCCAAUAUCACGCGUGUCUUCGAUAAUGCCGCAACUAUCACCACUAUCCCAGCCUGCUGAGUUGACUUCAAAUGUUGCUAAUGCUUCUCAGCAGUUGUGUACAAUAAUGUCAGCAAUUGGCACAAACACAAAGUUUGACUUGAAAGCUAAAGAAGCUUCGAAAUCGGAUCUAGUUAACUUUGAAACACUCUUACCAUCUACCAAGGUAGAAGUUGUACAUAAGACCACAGAGCAUCCGCAACAACAAAGACCUCUAAUGAAACUGACAUUGCAGCAGGAUGCAGGAAAAUUAUUGAGUUCUAAGCCACAUGUCACAAAAGUUCUGACAUCGAGUGAAGCAUCUGCAGGCGGUUUUGUUGGUUCUAUUUUAAUGAGUGGAAACAGGAUGACUGUCCAAUCGUCUUCAAGAACAGUGUCUCCUGUUGUUACAAACACAGCAAAUGCAGCGGUUCUUUUAAGUAUGAAACAGCGCAAACCUUCUCCGUCUACUGUUGAAGGCAGCUCUUCUAAACAUUGUCAAUUGCUCGCUGUGAAGUCUCCAUUACAUUCACCUAAAAUUUUACACAUUCAGCAGCAACAAACCUCUAGCGCAGGUAAUACUGGCAUGGUUAUGCCUAAUUUAACAAAGAUACAACCUCAGAAAAUGCAAGUGGACACGACUGCAAGGCCUACUGUAGCUAGCAAUAUUUUGAGUUCAACACUUUCACAGCCUGCUCAAUCCAGAGUCAGUACCUUUAGCACGAAUCAACCACCCGCUUUGAUAAUGACCAGUAGGCUUAUUGCAGAACCACCUCAGCUACUAGCAACUUCCACACAGCAGCAACAGCAGCAGCAGCAAAGUGCUGGGCUUAGUAAUAUACAACAACAAAAAGUUGUUCAACAACCACAAAUGUCAUCAUGCCAAACUCUUCUGCAUAGUCAAUUAACUGGACCUCCAUUUAGAAGAUCAAAGUCGACCGACGAAGUAUUGUUACCUGUUAAAACUGAACCUGGACAUAUUCAAGCCGUGAAGAGACAUAGCAUGGAUUUAAUGACUGUCAAAAACGAACCUACGUCGACGUCGGACGACAGCACGAUAUCAUCGUCGCAAAUUAAAACUGAAAUUAUGAUGAGUAAUGUCAAGUAUGUGAAACCUGAAACUUCUUCAGAUUCGCAGAAUGUAUUAUUGAAACAGCUGUUGCAGAAUUCUAAUAAUGGAGCAGCACCACCGCCUCCGCCUCCGCCCGUUGCUGUAAACCCAACACCAUCGCAGCAUCAUCAUCAACAACAACAGCCGCAACAGCAGCAGCAGCAACAAGUUACACAUUCGAAUAAUCAAACAUUGAUUUCUCCACCGCAAAGGUCGACUGUACAGGUUCUGAAAACGCAACAACGUGCACCAAGUUUGGGAUUGGUUUCGUCUUUAGAAGCACAAUUGGCAAGGCCUGUUAUACCACCUCCGACAACUGCUUUGCAGGCAUCUGCUCAGGCCACAGCAUCUAUGCCUAUGCAGCAUGUCACACAGAGCGAUUCACCCAAAUCUUCGCCCGUCAGGCAAAUCAUGUCACGGGAAACGUCAUUUUUAUCCAGAUCUCCUGUUGUUACGACUUCGGCUAAUACCGUUGUUACCGGAACGCCGCAGCAAACAACGCAGCAACAACAGCAGCAACAGCAACAGCAUGUUGAAGUGAGAAGAAUUGUGCAACAGCAACAGCAGCAGCAGCAGCAACUACAACAACAACAGCAUCAAGAUUUAUUAAUAAACAGUCAACAACAGCAACUGAUUCAGCAGCUGAAGAUGGAUAUGAAUUGCAUGCCGGCAACUUCUCAACAACAACAACAACAACACAUGGAACAACAUCAAAGCAUUACGAUAAAGAAAGAGAUUUUGACGCCGGAUGCUUUGCAAAGCCCCGUGCACAACAUGAUAAUUCCUUCCCAAGAUGUCAAAAAGGAGUUGUCGUUAGACGAGAGUUCUCAGCAGUCUUCGGUCUCGUCAGACCACUGCAGUUUGAAAGAUACCGUUAUCAAAGAGGAGUUUAUCAUGGACACGACGCCGGCCUCAACGGCACCGCCUGCGCUGACCCUGGAGCAGCAGCAGCAGCAGAACGAGGCGGCGAUGCGAACCGCACACGAAACCGCGUUGGAAAUCAAGAAGCGCAAACGGCGCGAAUAUCAAGCCAAGCGCAGGCAAAUAAAGCUGGAGCAGCAGCAGCAAGCCGCGGCCGCCGCUGCAGCAGCCGCACAGCAUCAGGGAUUGUCAAUGGCGCAGGGAAGUGGUGGCCCCAUGAAAUGCCGGACGCGAUGGGAGCAUCAGCUGUUGCCGUGGCCAAGAAAAAGAGCAGGGAACUAUGCAGUUUGCCCGCCUUAUGGCGCCGGUGAUUUAUCUAAAUUCUGUCUAGUCAAAGACUACGAUUCGUUACGAGGCGACCUCGUUGGCGAAUUCGGAUCUGCACGUUUGCCUGGUGUUCCUGAUAGAUAUGAUAGCAAACCGUUCGGCGAUAAGGCAUUACCCGCCGCGGCUUGUGAAAAAGAUGGAGCAUUAACAUCGGCAGGAGGAACUCAGAGAAUGUUCUACGAUCAGGAAUUCAGCCCAAUAAAAUUCGAACAUGAUUACGAAGAGCGCCGAAUGGAAAUUUGUCUUCGCGAUCCAGGUCCUGACACACCUGAUUCCAUAAUAAGUUCUUCAAGUCCAGAAUUUCCAAAUGACGUUGAAAAUACACUCGAUUUAGACAAUAAUCAAUACUUCACAUAUAUUGAUGAUAAUGAAUCAGAGCAAUCGGAACAAGAAGGUUUAAAUGGACGUACUGCUAAAAACAGAUUGUCACCGAUUAUACCAAUUAUAGCACCUAUUCCUAUCAGGUUGAAACCUGGAGUGCCUUACAAAACACCAUGGAGUACAAAUAUUAAUGAAGACAAGGAGAAUCAAGCUCCCAAAGAUAAUUUGAAAAACAACAAUCUCAACAACAUCAUGAACAAUAAGAAGAAGGACGACGGCAAUAACGUCACAGUCACUUUAACACUAACUUCGGAUGCAGCCGAAGAUAUUUUGGGAGUUUUGAAAGACUUGGCUGGCAUUCUGCACAUUCCGCCUCCAACAGGGUAUCAAAUUGUUGAAAGAACCGGAACACCACCCAGCCAGAAAUUGGGAUUGUAUAGGACGAGAGGAAAAGAUGGAAAAGAAGGAGCUCCCAUUGAUAUCCAAACUAUACUGAAUGGUACUGCCAAAUUCUGCAGACAUUGCGAUGUGGUAAUUCUUAAUAGUUUGAUCAGAGCGAAAGCUUCAGAGUUUCCUCUUCUUCCAAAUGACGACAAUCGUGAUCUGAUCAAUGAUCCUGAAGAUUUAUAUUUCUGCAUUCUGACAUCGAGUGAAGCAUCUGCAGGCGGUUUUGUUGGUUCUAUUUUAAUGAGUGGAAACAGGAUGACUGUCCAAUCGUCUUCAAGAACAGUGUCUCCUGUUGUUACCAACACAGCAAAUGCAGCGGUUCUUUUAAGUAUGAAACAGCGCAAACCUUCUCCGUCUACUGUUGAAGGCAGCUCUUCUAAACAUUGCCAAUUGCUCGCUGUGAAGUCUCCAUUACAUUCACCUAAAAUUUUACACAUACAGCAGCAACAAACAUCUAGUGCAGGCAAUACAGGCAUGGUUAUGCCUAAUUUAACAAAGAUACAACCUCAGAAAAUGCAAGUGGACACGACUGCAAGGCCUACUGUAGCUAGCAAUAUUUUGAGUUCAACUCUUUCACAGCCUGCUCAAUCCCGAGUCAGCACCUUUAGCAUGAAUCAACCACCUGCUUUGAUAAUGACCAGUAGGCUUAUUGCAGAACCGCCUCAGCUACUAGCAACUUCCACACAGCAGCAACAGCAGCAGCAGCAAAGUGCUGGGCUUAGUAAUAUACAACAACAAAAAGUUGUUCAACAACCACAAAUGUCAUCAUGCCAAACUCUUCUGCAUAGCCAAUUGACUGGACCUCCAUUUAGAAGAUCAAAGUCGACCGACGAAGUAUUGUUACCUGUUAAAACUGAACCUGGACAUAUUCAAGCCGUGAAGAGACAUAGCAUGGAUUUAAUGACUGUCAAAAACGAACCUACGUCGACGUCGGACGACAGCACGAUAUCAUCGUCGCAAAUUAAAACUGAAAUUAUGAUGAGUAAUGUCAAGUAUGUGAAACCUGAAACUUCUUCAGAUUCGCAGAAUGUAUUAUUGAAACAGCUGUUGCAGAAUUCUAAUAAUGGAGCAGCACCACCGCCUCCGCCUCCGCCUGUUGUUGUAAACCCAACACCAUCGCAGCAUCAUCAUCAACAACAACAGCCGCAACAGCAGCAGCAGCAACAAGUUACACAUUCGAAUAAUCAAACAUUGAUUUCUCCACCGCAAAGGUCGACUGUACAGGUUCUGAAAACGCAACAACGUGCACCAAGUUUGGGAUUGGUUUCGUCUUUAGAAGCACAAUUGGCAAGGCCUGUUAUACCACCUCCGACAACUGCCUUGCAGGCAUCUGCUCAGGCCACAGCAUCUAUGCCUAUGCAGCAUGUCACACAGAGCGAUUCACCUAAAUCUUCGCCCGUCAGGCAAAUCAUGUCACGGGAAACGUCAUUUUUAUCCAGAUCUCCUGUUGUUACGACUGCGGCUAAUGCCGUUGUUACUGGAACACCGCAGCAAACAACGCAGCAACAGCAGCAGCAACAGCAUGUUGAAGUGAGAAGAAUUGUGCAACAGCAACAUCAGCAGCAGCAACUACAACAACAACAACAGCAACAAUCACAACAACAGCAUCAAGAUUUAUUAAUAAACAGUCAACAACAGCAACUGAUACAGCAGCUGAAGAUGGAUAUGAAUUGCAUGCCGGCAACUUCUCAACAACAACAACAACAACACAUGGAACAGCAUCAAAGCAUUACAAUAAAGAAAGAGAUUUUGACGCCGGAUGCUUUGCAAAGCCCCGUACACAACAUGAUAAUUCCUUCCCAAGAUGUCAAAAAGGAGUUGUCGUUAGACGAGAGUUCUCAGCAGUCUUCGGUCUCGUCAGACCACUGCAGUUUGAAAGAUACCGUUAUCAAAGAGGAGUUCAUCAUGGACACGACGCCGGCCGUAACGGCACCGCCUGCGCUGACCCUGGAGCAGCAGCAGCAGCAGAAUGAGGCGGCGAUGCGAACCGCACACGAAACCGCGUUGGAAAUCAAGAAGCGCAAACGUCGCGAAUAUCAAGCCAAGCGCAGGCAAAUAAAGCUGGAGCAGCAGCAGCAAGCCGCGGCCGCCGCUGCAGCAGCCGCACAGCAUCAGGGAUUGUCAAUGGCGCAGGGAAGUGGUGGGCCCAUAAAAAUGCCGGACGCGAUGGGAGCAUCAGCUGUUGCCGUGGCCAAGAAAAAGAGCAGGGCUAAUUCGAAAAUGAGUGGGGCGGGAAAGCAGGACGAGGAUUAUGAUUCGUUUAUAGACGGUUUAAUGGAUCAAUUGAGGCAUAUGCAGCCACUGGCCGUCGUCGAGCCUAGGCAUUGCAGGAACUAUGCAGUUUGCCCGCCUUAUGGCGCCGGUGAUUUAUCUAAAUUCUGUCUAGUCAAAGACUAUGAUUCGUUACGAGGCGACCUGGUUGGCGAAUUCGGAUCUGCACGUUUGCCUGGUGUUCCUGAUAGAUAUGAUAGCAAACCGUUCGGCGAUAAGGCAUUACCCGCCGCGGCUUGUGAAAAAGAUGGAGCAUUGACAUCGGCAGGAGGAACUCAGAGAAUGUUCUAUGAUCAGGAAUUCAGCCCAAUAAAAUUCGAACAUGAUUACGAAGAGCGCCGAAUGGAAAUUUGUCUUCGCGAUCCAGGUCCUGACACACCUGAUUCCAUAAUAAGUUCUUCAAGUCCAGAAUUUCCAAAUGACGUUGAAAAUACACUCGAUUUAGACAAUAAUCAAUACUUUACAGUAAUAGAUCAAAGUUUGAAGUAUAUUGAUGAUAAUGAAUCAGAGCAAUCGGAACAAGAAGGUUUAAAUGGGCGUACUGCUAAAAGGAGAUUGUCACCGAUUAUACCAAUUAUAGCACCUAUUCCUAUCAGGUUGAAACCUGGAGUGCCUUACAAAACACCAUGGAGUACAAAUAUUAAUGAAGACAAGGAGAAUCAAGCUCCCAAAGAUAAUUUGAAAAACAACAAUCUCAACAACAUCAUGAACAAUAAGAAGAAGGACGACGGCAAUAACGUCACAGUCACUUUAACACUAACUUCGGAUGCAGCCGAAGAUAUUUUGGGAGUUUUGAAAGACUUGGCUGGCAUUCUGCACAUUCCGCCUCCAACAGGGUAUCAAAUUGUUGAAAGAACCGGAACACCACCCAGCCAGAAAUUGGGAUUGUAUAGGACGAGAGGAAAAGAUGGAAAAGAAGGAGCUCCCAUUGAUAUCCAAACUAUACUGAAUGGUACUGCCAAAUUCUGCAGACAUUGCGAUGUGGUAAUUCUUAAUAGUUUGAUCAGAGCGAAAGCUUCAGAGUUUCCUCUUCUUCCAAAUGACGACAAUCGUGAUCUGAUCAAUGAUCCUGAAGAUUUAUAUUUCUGCAGCAAGACUUGCUACAAACAGUUCCAGUGGCGUCCCACAAGUAUUUUGGAUGAGAAGACACUCGGCAAUCAAUCUGUUGAUUGUGACAGUAAAGUUUUGAUGACUAACAUGAUCAAUUCGAAUGAUGGCAUUAUGGACAUUGAAGAUGUUCUCAACCAAUCGAACAACGCCGAAGACACAAAACCGGAUAUCAAAGAAGAAAAGAUGGAUACGUCGAGUUUAACUGAAGAUGAGAAAAUGGCAGUUGAUGAUAUUGAUGACAAUAGUUGCACAAGUUUAGCUGAAAAACAAACAGCUGCUAAGAGGCCAAGGAAGAACACAGAUUCUGGACUCGACAUGCCGCCAGCCAAACAAUGGAAGGGAUUGAGGUAUCGUUUAUGGCUUCAAGGUUUCAUUCACCCCACUCAAAAAUAUAAGAAACCAAACGAUAGAGAGAUCAUGGAACUUUUGUUCAGAGUUGGUGUCACUGUGAUGCCUAGCAAAAUGCCUGAUGAUACGAGGAAAUGCAUAUUUUGCCAUCAGAUAGGAGACGGUGUGGCUGAUGGUCCAGCCAGGCUUCUGAAUUUUGAUGUUGAUAAAUGGGUUCAUCUGAAUUGUGCGUUGUGGUCUGAUGGAGUGUAUGAGACAGUCAAUGGGGCUUUGAUGAAUGUGGAGCAAGCAUUGCAGGAAAGUUUGCAGACAAUUUGCACAAUCUGCGAGAAAAACGGUGCGACCAUCAGGUGCUUCAAGACCCGCUGCACGAGCGUUUAUCACCUCGGCUGUGCAGUCAAAGACGGCUGUGUAUUCUUCAAAAACAAAACUGCCCAUUGCUCUAUCCACAUCCCCAAAGGAGAGAAAGACAAUGAGCUGACAACCCUAUCAGUCCAGCGCAGAGUUUAUAUAAAUAGGGAUGAAAAUAGGCAAGUUGCCUCCGUGAUGCACCAUUCUGAUCUGAAUAAUUUGUUGAGAGUUGGCAGUUUGAUAUUCUUAAAUGUCGGUCAAUUGCUGCCGCAUCAGCUGCAGUCGUUCCACACGCCGAAUUACAUCUAUCCGAUUGGGUAUCAGAUUGUCAGAUUUUACUGGUCGAUGAGGAGGCCGAAUAAACGGUGCAGAUAUAUUUGUUCAAUAGCUGAUGUUGCUGGACGUCCAGAAUUUCGAGUACGCGUUCAAGAACCUCAACAGGAUGAUAUUGAACUAAGAGAUGCUACACCAAGGGCUGUUUGGAAUCGAAUUCUGGAGCCAUUGGCCGCUAUGAGAAGGGAAUUGGGCGAUUCAGUUCGUCUGUUUCCCAAGUACGUCACUGGUGAAGAUUUGUUUGGACUUACUGAGCCAGCUGUUGUUCGAGUACUCGAAAGUUUACCAGGAAUUGAGACAUUAACCGAUUAUCGCUUCAAGUAUGGAAGGAACCCCUUAUUGGAGCUACCAUUAGCUAUCAAUCCAAGUGGAUCGGCAAGAACUGAACCUAGGGGCAGACAGCAGGCCUGCUGGAAAAAACCUCAUACACAACGUACUGCAGGAAUGACUUCAGCCUCAUCGUCUGGUCUGACGUCGUCCUCUAGUUCGUCAAAUAUGUCAUCAGGAAUGCCUUUGGGCAUCUCGAGUAGCCUUUCGUCGGCCGGUGAGGCCACUUGCCCAUACAGCAAACAGUUUGUUCACAGCAAAAGUUCACAGUAUAAGAAAAUGAAACAGGACUGGAGGAAUAACGUAUUUCUUGCCAGGUCUAAGAUUCAGGGACUUGGAUUGUACGCUGCACGCGACAUUGAAAAACAUACAAUGGUUAUCGAAUAUAUUGGUGAGGUGAUUCGACAUGAGUUAUCUGAAAUCAGGGAAAAGCAAUAUGAAGCCAGGAAUCGAGGAAUAUACAUGUUCAGACUCGACGAGGAUCGUGUGAUUGAUGCAACAUUAUGUGGGGGCCUUGCCCGAUACAUCAACCACUCCUGCAACCCGAAUUGUGUGGCAGAAAUUGUUGAAGUCGACAGAGAAGUCAGGAUUAUUAUAUUUGCUAAGAGGCGGAUUAACAGGGGAGAAGAGUUGGCUUACGAUUACAAAUUCGAUAUUGAAGACGACGCCCACAAAAUUUCAUGUAUGUGUGGGGCUCCAAAUUGUAAAAAAUGGAUGAAUUAAGAAAACCAAAAAUAACAACAUUUAUCGUAACAAAAAGUGGUGAGUAGUAGUUAAAUAGAUAACAAAAAAACACAUUAGGAAAAUGAAGAUUAUUUUUA